UGAAUUGGUAACUGAAUACCGCGAGAAAGCCAAUGCUACUUGGGUGUUGUUCGUAUCUGUGGUUUUAUUAGCUAUCGUGUAACCUGUUUGAGGUGAGAAGUCAUUUUUUGCUGGUCUUUUGUUCAGCUAUUGAGUGAAGACUAGCAUCAUACCUAUCAAUUGGCCUCCAUUUGUUUUCAACAGUAAGUGGAAUUCUGGCUUGCUGUACACCUUGAUAUGAGAAGUUGGUUGGACACCCAAUUUUACAACUAAUGUAAUGUGAAAGUACGACAAUAGUAUGCCCAAGUUCAGCCAGGGCAAGGUGACUGAAGUGAGACGAGUGGUUACGUAUCGAUAGCUAGCUAAGAUGGCUAAUCUAGAAUUAACAUUAAAUGGAUACUGUUGGGGAUACGGCGGUAGUGGUCUGUUGUAUGGGAGCUGAGGCAGCCAUGCUAACAAUUUAUCAGCUAAUUUAAACAGCGUAUCGUUUCGCAGUAAGCUGUCCGUUUUGAAACUGUAUGUCGUUUUUGGUUUGCUAUUGAUGAGUUGUCGCUCGUAACCUGUCCCAUCGUUGGUUCGUUGUUUACCUCACAAAUGGUAGCGAUUCAUCAACUUGAAGGUAACGUUAAAUCAACAAUGACGAGUAGGUAUUAGGCUAACAAUUGCAGGGCUUUCUCAAUUACAGCAAUCUCUCCAGUCAGACUCCGUGACUGUGUGAGUUGUGGCAUUUGAUCUUUUUUUGUUUACCCUGGUGUUAUUAGGUCAUUCAUAACAAGUUGGGUAAGUCGACUUAUGCAACAUGUAACUUACUUUCUUUUAUUGCGUUGGGAUACAUAACAAGCGUCAUUGGUGCCUGCGUCGUGUAUCGAAAUUAAUGUGUUUUGGGUACUUAAAUUCAGUUAUAACGUCAAAAAAUCAUUAAGGUGCUGACUUCCACACCGUGUACAUUCGAGACUUCAUUGAGUUCCUUGUUCACGUCGAACGAAAUUCAUGCGUGUGAACUUCUACAAAUUGAUAAUGAACGUCGCCCUUUUACAAUCGUAUCGUAACGGAAUACAUCCACCUCUUCAUCAUAUGUCUUUUUAGGAGCACGGAAGAGGUUCUCAAUAGACAUUACUGUUUAUCCGAGGUGUCUCAAAUGUUUUGUGCCAGAAUGUUAACAUGUCACUGCCUUGGGUGUAUUGUGUUUAAUGAUAGUGUCAGUAGUAAAAAAAAAAAUAUGACUUGAAAAUAGUAUUGAGGUAGGAAUGCUUAGCUGAGCUGAUUGUGGGGUUUGAAGUCCUUGAGACUUGUGUCAAGAAGAUUUUUUUUUUAAAUAUACCUGCUUCUUGGCAAUCAUUAGGCCAGUUCUAGCUCGGCCCCUGGUCUUACUUAGGGCUUUCGCCUGUGGACCUGUCAGUUCCACUGGAAUUUCAGGGAUUUACUACCUCCUCUGUUCCCACUUGCUAUGUCUUCUGGCUGACUCACUCACCCCCAUAAAAUCAUAAAUACCAACAAUGUAUGUGUUGAUGACCACUUUCUAGUAGGGGUGGGUAUUGGCAAAGGGUUCACGAUUCGAUGCGCAUCACGAUACACAUGCCACGAUGCGAUUCUAUCACGAUGCAUUGCGAUUCAUGUACUACUGUGAUGCAUUGCGAUAUUUACUUCAGUAAAUGUGUAAAAUACAGCUUAUUUGUCAGUUGCUGUGUCGCUUUCUUAAGUCAGUUCAUUCUAUUUAAGCAUUCUAUCAUCUGGGAGAGAGCUUACAUCACAACAGAAAUAUUACCUAUUCUCUACUGAACAAAAUAACCCGUGGCAAAUCGAAUUUUAUUGUUAUCAAAUAAUCAAUUGUCNUGACUCCAUGCAGUAUAUUGAGAAAAUAAGUAUCACGAUACCUUGUCAUGAAUCGAUGCAUUGUAUCGUGAGAGUAAGUAUCGCGAUGCAUCGAUGCAACGAUUAUUUUGCACACCCCUACUUUCUAGGAACAGAGCAAAAACUUGGCUUGCUGUGUCCUUGCCAUUCCUAUUUUAAGUAGUCUUAAAGAUCGUAUUUCCACCCAUAGCAUAACCUACAAAAUGCCAAAAAAAAAGCCCAUGGGGCACAUUCAGGCAUUGUUAGAAUUGGCUCAGAGUGUAACGCCCAACCUGCCUGACAUGAAGCGAAGCGAAGAGAGGAGUCGAGAGUAUUGGUGGAGGUUCACCCUCUUUGGCAAAUAGCUGGAAUGGAUUCCUGCCUCGAAGGGCUGUUUAUUGUGCGUCAGUUGUUAAAGAGAUUGCAUGGGGAGGAGGUUGAUAUUAUUCUGCUGCAUGUGUGACGACAGUCAGCAGAGGAACCAGAUGAGACUUGGGUACAUUUUAUUGUCCCUGACAACAAAUGUCAGCCGAAGAGAAAAAAGGGAAUAGAAUACAUUCUGUUCUGGUCCUCCUGACCAUAGCGGUAGCCACAUUAAGUAUUUGUAUUUUUAGAAGAUUUAUGAUAUGUAUAAUAAUAUUAAUAUUAUUAGACAUAGCCCUGUAUCAGUAUUCAGUCUCUCUUGUAUAUUAAGUUCAACUCAGCGCUUACUUACCUGAAUGAUUGCAGUACAGACCAGGGUACUUGUUUGAAAAUUAUUAUUAUAGCAUGCAGAUGGUCUGGUUAUGGACCUUGCCCAUGCAGAUCUGGACUCAAGUACUGAGUCUGUUUAGCAUUGUAUGUGUGGGACUAUCGUGUUAAACGUAAUGUAUACAUUUCAAGGUAUUCUGAAGUAAGAAGCAAAAAUUAAUCUUCUCACUUUUGUGUAACGAUCCACCAGUAGGCUAGAUAAAGCUUCCUGGUCAUUUUUCAGAUUAGUGAUAAUAGUGACAGUGCUGUAAGAUGUAUAUAUUCGGCAUGCACUCUGUAACUGUGAAAUGGUUUUAGAACGCUUUGUACCCAUGACGAGGUGUCAAAACUUUUUCAGGAAGUAAAAAAAAACCCACUGCCUGACAUUUAAUCCAAUCAGCUGUGAAUCAGCUGUUUUUACUGAGCCUUGAAGACUGGUAGAGCGAGCUCAUCUAUAUGGCAUUCACUGAUGUUACCUGCUUUAGAUAGAAAAGGUGACAAAGCGUUAUACUUUCUAAAUUCCAUAAAGUAUUUGUACCAUGUCUUAAGUAAUGAUAGACAGGGCAACUUUUUUUGUUGGCUUCAGGCAACAUCUUGAUUUAACUCCUACUUUUCUGAUGGAAUGGUGUAAGACUGUCUGCUGCUGGUUCAUUGGAUAAAAGUGUUGCAGUGAUGAACAGUCCAAAUUGUGAAAGUCAAGUACUGAGUGAUUACCAACGAGUGAAGCAUAGCAUGGCCCGGAAAAACGGCCCGAAAGAUACAUCGGGUGUCGUAUUUGACACUCAUUCCAAAAUGGUGAUGUCCCAGGGAGGAACGUUUGAUCGGAUGAAGGAGAAGAUAAAUGCGGUGCGAGCGGUCGUCCCCAACAAGAGCAACAAUGAGAUUGCCCUGGUGCUGCAGCACUUUGAGAACUGUGUGGACCGGGCCGUACAGGCUUUUGUGGAAGGGAGCGCCGUGGAGAUCCUGAAGGAAUGGAAUGUCACCGGGAAAAAAAAGCCCAAAAAGAAAAAGAAGCCCAAACCAGCAGCCAAGGAGCCAGAACCGGAGCCGGAGCCCACGCCCUCCGAAUCCACGCUGGACCCUGAGAUGGCCGAGACGCAUAACGGCUUCCACGCCAACGGUUCCCUGGCGGCCGAGGGAGAGUCCCUGGACUCCCUGAGCGAGCAGCUCGACUCAGUCUCCAUAGACGCCGAGCUUGACUCCGAGCCCGCAUCGCCCGACCUGCCCGACCUCACAGCACCUGAAGCAGAACGGCAUUCCGUGAGUCCUGCACUCCACCAACAGGGUUCCCGUAGCAACAAGUCUCGUCCCAGACCUGGUUCCAGCUCUAGCUCCACCUUCCUCCCCAGUGACCAAUCAAGCGCAUCGGGCAACAAGAAAAUCGCCUCCAACAUCGACCGUUCGGUGAAGGACCUGCAGAGAUGCACGGCGUCACUCACACGCUACCGUGUGCUGGUCAAGGAGGAGAUGGACUCCUCCAUCAAGUCCAUGAAGCAGACCUUCGCAGAGCUGCAGAACUGUCUAAUGGACAGAGAGGUGGCACUGCUGGCCGAGAUGGAUAAAGUGAAAGCUGAAGCCAUGGCCAUCCUGGACGGGAGGCAGAAGCGAGCAGAAGAGCUCCGGCGCCUGACUGACCAGUCGGCAUCCAUGUCCGAAGACCAGCUGAGCGAACUCCGCGCAGACAUCAAGCACUUUGUGAGCGAGCGCAAGUAUGACGAGGAUCUGGGAAAAGCUGUGAAGUUCUCCUCCGACUUGGAGCCCCUCAAGGCCAGCAUCACGUCUUUUGGAGAAGUGUACCAUCCUCAGACGGGCUACUCCAGUCGCUCCCGCUGUAGCUCCUCCUCUUCUUCCCUCAUUGGUCCGUCAGCCACAGCGGCUGCUCCCUCGGCCACUCCGGCUCCAGCUGCUUCCUCUUCCGGCUCCGCCCCCCAGUCUCAAGCCCAGCCCUCUGGUGGGCGCCCCAACCAACCGCACAGACAGGGUUACCAGGGUAAUUCGCGUGGUGGCCACCGGUACAACGGCUCGUACCACGACAGGGGACGCGGGGGCUACCACCGCGGAGGUUACCGCCAUGGAGACCGCUACCAUGGUGACCGUGACCGCUACCACGGCGACCCCGACCGUGAUCGCCAUCACCACGGCGACGGCUCUAACUCCACCCACAGCCGAGGCUCCGGCCACUACUCCUCCAACUACAGUCGACACGACGGGCCCGCUCACAAUGGCCUUCCCCAGAGGCCUCCCCGAACCCACGUCCCCUGACACGCACACAUACACCCAUAACGCACACUUGCACACAUGUGCGCACACACACACACACACACACACACACACACGCGCGCGCGCGCACACACGCCAGGUCCCGUCUCACCACUCACCCAAGCCUGUUCAUCCCCUGCACGUACACACAUGCCACCACCAUGACACACACACACACACACACACACACACACACACACACACACACACACACACUGGGUUGUGAAACUAGCUGGUACUUAAAACAGCUAAAGAGUUGGUACACAGUAGAGUGAAAAUGUGUGCGACCAAUUUUUAAAAAAGCGUCAUCGGUUAGUCGGGUUUCUGAUACUCCUUUCCACCCUCCACGUCCAGUCACUCAACCCCACGACCCUCCCUGGCCUUACACCACCCUCCACCACCUGUCUGUAUGAAGAAUCAAACUCUCAAAGUUUACAUUUCCUUCCCCCCACCCCGCACUCCAGUGCCACCUGUACAAUCUCCUUUCCUCCGGUAGUCUCCAGUUUGUCACAUGAAGGAAUGUUGCAUCUCCUAUUUCUACACUUUCCUGUACAAUCUCAGUCCCUCCUUAAAUUUGCUUUGUUCUGUCAUUGUGGCUGACUGUCCAAAAUGCCUCUUUUUCAUGUUUUUAUUUUGUUUUUUAGUUUUUUUUUUUUUUUUUUUUUUUUUAAUCUGUUUAUGUUGUGGUCAACACCCCGUGUUCCAGACCAUCUAAGUCUUAAAACUUUUAAUUUGUUCUAGUGCACCAAGUAAGGACACUUGCAAAACAGUUGUGCGCUUUAAAAAAUGUGAGAAUACGCUUUUGUUUUAGUUUUUUUAAUUAUUAUUUUAAAAAGAGAAGAAAAAAAAAGAUCUUAUGUUAAAGUUAUCUAUUCAUGUUGAGAGAUCAGUUAAAAGUAUGUUUAAGGUUGUCAGUGUGGUAUGAUGGUGAUUAAGCGGCGGUCUGGACUGUGUGUGCGCGAGCGUGCGUGCGUGUGUGCGUCCGUGCGUGUGUGCGCGUGUGGAGCUGAAUGCCAUGAGUGCUGUGUAUGUUGUUGUGACUAAGGGAUGAGGCUGUGAGGGCCAAGCUGCCAAAAUGUUCUCUUCCUGGUUUCAACAAGGCUUGUCUUGCCUCCCAGCCAACAUCCCUCCCCCUACUGCUACUAUUCUUCCUCAUACUCUCCCUCCCUCUAUCUGCCACGUGGAUCCACUAGGGCUACAGUGUUUUUUUUUCCCCCUCCUCCCACCGUCCUGCCGUCUGUAGAUGUGUGGGGCUGCACAGAAAAUGAAAAACUUUGACUUCCUACCGUGUGUGUGUGCGUGUGUGCGUGUGCAGAUGAUGUGCUGUAAAGAUGAGAUGUGCGUCAUGUGAGCACUUCCUGCUUUUUUCCUUUCCAAAUUCUGCUCACUUUCCCACCAUGACUCACAUGCUGUCUUGGUAAUCAUCUUGGUGGAGAUAUACUUGUCUCCACGCUUGUAUGGAUGGAUGGAUGGAUGGAUGGAUGUCUUUAUGUAUAGAGGCAUGAAAGGAUGGGUGGAUGUAUGUCUGGAUGUAUAGAGGCAUGGAUGGAUGGAUGGAUGGAUGGAUGGAUGUGUGGAUGUGUGUGUGACUGGAAGGGAUUUGUUGCCUUCUCAGAGUUUGGACCUGUGUAGAACGUGCGUCAUUAGUGCAUGGAGUGAACACUGUGUGUACAUACCUGCAUAAUCCUUUUUUUUUUUUUUGGGAUGCACAAGGCACACAAUGAACCACACACACCGUGGAUGUUUCCCUUCCUUGUUGAUGUAGCCAUUGAGAAUGAGUCAUCACUCUCUUUUUCUUUGUAUAAGAUUGAACUUAACAGGCAUUUACUUUUUGCUUGUUCUUUUUUCUUAGUUUUGUUUUUUGUUUUGUGCAUGCUCAACAGUGUCUGAAGAGGUGCUGAAGAAAAUGGGAGUCCUCCUUCACGUAGAUCCGCAUCCACGAACAAACUCUAGGCCGUAGCAUACCUCAUCUUUUACCACGACCCUCAGCCACUGCACAACAUGGCGCUAAUACUCAAACCAGAGACGGUCUAUUAUCUUCGCUCAAACUCUGUAAGGAGUUGGGCAAGACAUGUUGGCCUCUUCCACCUCUAGUCAGUUGUGCCCCCCCACCCCCCAUACACACACACACACACACACACACAGUUAACAUCUCACCUCUAUGGUCUCUUGAUCUCAGUGGAGGGAGGUUGUCACUUUAAAACACUAACAUGUUGUUUACGCCCCCUGGAGGCUUUUCAUCAUCACUACAUGCUGCCGCAUCAGUCUCCAAAUCAAAUCCUGAGCUGUACUCCUCUGUAAGGGGUUUCAGAAUGUCGUCUUGGACUCCAUGGGCCUAUACUACAAAGUUGGUUCAGGAAUACGGCAGGUUAAGUUAUGAGGUAAAUCAUCUAAUAGAACAGCCUGAAGUCCUCGUUUUCUUAAGAGCAUGGUGACUCCAGGCUCUUCUAUUAGGUAAUUUACCUCUUCACCUAACCUGGUUCACUCCUGAACCAGCUUUGUAGUAUAGGCCCAUGUUGUACUUACCGGUACCACCAACCCUUAUCAUAACAUGUUCUGAAAGAGCUGUGUCCCUGUUGUCACGCAGAAAAUGUCUGGGUGUUCUGGUCAGAGUAAGAUGUUUUAGGUUGCCUGUUUGAUGUCUAGAGUCCACUGUUACGAGUAAAAGAUGUUUAGGUUGCGUAUUUGAUGCCCAGUGAAGAGUUCGAGUUGGCGUUAGAGGGGGUUGGGGUUGGGGUGUCAAGGAGGUCUUUCAGUGAAGUGACGUUCACUUGAGCUGCUUCCUACAGUACACAACUCUGUGUUCAAGCUGUGCUCCUUUUCCAGGGAGCUAGUCAGUCAUGACUUGGAUUCACUCAUGCCUCAACCCACAUUUGCACUGCCAAUGUAGCCUUACAACCUACACCACCGUCCUCUUCUCUCUCUCUCGCUCUCUCUCUCUCUCUCUCUCUCUCUCUCUUGCACACACAGCACACCGUAAAAACCCUCUCAAGGGGAUGUAGACUGAUUUCUGCUUGCCUCCUCUAUAGCUUUUGUUUGUUGUUGUUUUUUUUUGUUUGUUUUUUUUUGGUUGUCAUGCCUGAUGUGCAUUUCUCUUUUUUCAUAAAAGUUUGUUCACCAAAGACUGUUCUGAUCUCUUUCUUGUUUUUGUCAUUGUACAACUUUUUUGUUGUUGUUAAUGUUGAAGCGUUUUAGUGUGUUUUUCUUUUUUUUUUAAAUCAAUUGUUAGUCUGAAAAAAAAAGAACAACAGAAGAGUAUGUUCCGUUCACUUGCGCUCUCCCAUUUUUGUGUUCUGAAAAUCUUGUACAUAUGUAACUACUAAGGUUGGCUGCCCUCUAGCGGGGCUCAGUUCAUGUAUGAAGUCGUGUCACCAGUGAUUGGACUCUUGGACCUUGCAGAAGAAAUAGUGUAGUAGACUGACUCCUUCCUAUACCCCUCAGCUGUGGUUCAGAUCAUCUGCAUAAUAUUUCUUUUUUUCUCUCUCUCUCCCUCUCCCUGAGACAACUGUAAACUCAAGUGCCUUCUUGUUCCUCUACUUUUUCUCUCUCAUCCUCUUGGAUCUUCACAGAGUUAUGGACCAAAGACAUUUAUCUCCUCCUUCCUCUUCCCGACCACCUGUACCGCACCCACGCCCCUGUUACCUGGCGCCUCCUCCACAUUCAUUUGGCCCCAGAUAAUUAAUCGGCACUUCCCUCACCCCUCACCUCUCUAUGCCACCUCUGACUGGCACACUUCUCCAUUUACUAUAAAAUAAAAAUUGUUAGCAAAUGCA